AUGGUAAACACACGGCGCGAACCCACUACUGAGCGGCACGGGGGCUUUGACCUGCUCCGUUUCCGACCUGGGCCGGUGCACCCCUCCUUAGACGACCUGGUGGUCCCGGGCUCCCCCAGGAGCACCAUAUCGAUACCGGGCUUAGUGCGGACACCCGAUCAACAUAGUCCACUGCAGCUCAGAGCUCCUGAGCUCAAACGCUCCUCCAGCCUCAGCCUCCCGCGGCACGGGGGCUUUGACCUGCUCCGUUUCCGACCUGGGCCGGUGCACCCCUCCUUAGACGACCUGGUGGUCCCGGGCUCCCCCAGGAGCACCAUAUUGAUACGGAACUUAGUGCGGACACCCGAUCAACAUAGUCCACUACAGCUCAGAGCUCCUGAGCUCAAACGCUCCUCCAGCCUCAGCCUCCCGGUAGCUUGGAUUACAGGCGCACGCCACUGCUCCCGGCGCGACCGUUCCAGAGCUCACAGGACAUUUGGGCUUUACCUGCGUGACGUCAUCCAUCUGCAUGUCCGCUGCACUACAGCGUCUAUUCACAGGCGCGAUCCCACUACUGAGCGGCACGGGGGCUUUGACCUGCUCCGUUUCCGACCUGGGCCGGUGCACCCCUCCUUAGACGACCUGGUGGUCCCGGGCUCCCCCAGGAGCACCAUAUCGAUACCGAACUUAGUGCGGACACCCGAUCAACAUAGUCCACUGCAGCUCAGAGCUCCUGAGCUCAAACGCUCCUCCAGCCUCAGCCUCCCGGUAGCUUGGAUUACAGGCGCACGCCACUGCUCCCGGCGACCGUUCCAGAGCUCACAGGACAUUUGGGCUUUACCUGCGUGA